AUGACAUUGUUCCAAGCGUUAGAAUUUGACUGGUCAUGAAUCGGCAAUAAACAUGUUGUUUUAACAAGACAAACCGAAGUGAUGAUAUCCUGUCAUGGUAUAAAAAAACAAAUGGAUCUGUGUUUUCUUUCAUGGAAAAGAAAAGGCCAAUGUUAUCAGAGAAGAAAAAGGAACUCGAUGAAAACAUAUGGGAUUAUGGGAGUCCUCUCUAUGAUUCAUAUGAAUUAGCUUCAAUCAGUCGUAUCCUAGAGAGGCACACCAUAGCUUUGCCAUAUCCCUGCUAUCACUACGACUCGAUGCGGUCGGGAAUCAUAUCAAACAAGCCCGAAUCUGAAGGGAGAUUGGAGGGGAAAAUGGGUAAUCUUCAUGCACUAGGAUUGUUCCGGAAAGUCGUGAGUUGGACGCUGUGGAAGACGAGGAUUAGACGGUACCGAAACAACAAGGAUGAAAAGGUUUGAAGUAGCUAUUCAAAAUGUGCAACAUGGUUUGAAAUGGAACUUAAGAUGCCUUAAAAAUUUCAUUCAAAAUGUGCAACAAAUGUUGGACAAUAAAAAGCUACAGCUGAUUGUUUUGAAGAGGGCAAUUACGGCACGUUACUUACAAGCAUCAUCCAAGCAAUCAAAACAGAGCAGGAAACUUUCUCGCAUUAUCUUGAAGACUAACUUCAAACAAAAAGGGUAAAAAAAACACAAUGGUGCAUGUUCUAUUUAUGAUCUUCAAAUUUUGUGAAAAUACCCAAGCUAGCAAAACUCCAUUACAGACACACACACAUAUAUAUGUUUCGUAUAUGAUAUAAGUAUUUCUUGUUCUAAAUAUGUUACAAAACGCCGUUUCUGAUUUGCCUUUUAUUACUUCACUCGGCCGUAUUUCAUAAGUACCAAACAACUAGCCAUCCUAGUUGCCCUUCUUUCUUUUUUCCUCUAAAAAUAUGGCUCAGCCACCGCAACCGGAGCUACGUCUAGACUCUGACGCCGGAGCUGUGUUUGUUCUCGAAUCAAAAGGGAAGUGGUGGCAUGCGGGGUUUCAUCUAACGACGGCGAUCGUGGGGCCGACGAUCCUGACGUUACCGUAUGCAUUUAGAGGAUUAGGAUGGAUACUAGGCUUCUUCUGUUUAACGGUGAUGGGAUGUGUAACGUUCUACUCUUACUACCUCAUGUCCUUGGUGCUCGACCACUGUGAAAAAGCUGGUCGCCGCCAUAUACGCUUCCGAGAGCUCGCCGCUGAUGUUUUAGGAUCAGGAUGGAUGUUUUAUUUUGUGAUAUUUAUUCAAACAGCCAUUAACACUGGGGUUGGAAUAGGAGCAAUUUUGCUUGCAGGGGAAUGCCUUCAGAUCAUGUAUUCCAACCUUUCCCCCAACGGAUCGUUGAAACUGUACGAGUUCAUAGCAAUGGUAACAGUGGUUAUGAUAGCUCUCUCUCAGAUUCCCACAUUCCAUUCCCUCAGACACCUCAAUUUUGCUUCUCUAGUUCUCAGCUUGGGCUACACGUUCCUUGUGGUUGGUGCUUGCAUCCACGCAGGUUUGUCUAAAAAUGCUCCACAUAAAGACUAUUCAUUGGAAUCUUCAAGUUCAUCGAGGGUGUUCAGUGCCUUCACUUCUAUAUCCAUAAUAGCCGCCAUUUUCGGAAAUGGGAUUCUUCCUGAAAUACAAGCAACAUUGGCUCCACCUGCUACUGGGAAGAUGUUUAAAGGACUCUUAAUGUGUUACAGUGUAAUUUUACUUACUUUCUACUCAGCUUCAGUUUCUGGAUACUGGGCUUUUGGAAACAAAUCAAAUUCAAACAUUCUCAAGAGUCUAAUGCCUGAUGAUGGACCAUCAUUGGCCCCGACAAUAGUUAUUGGCCUUGCAGUUAUAUUUGUUCUUUUACAGCUACUUGCCAUUGGCCUGGUUUACUCUCAAGUUGCUUACGAGAUCAUGGAGAAGCAAUCAGCUGAUGUAAACCAAGGGAUGUUUUCAAAAAGGAACCUUAUCCCUAGGCUAAUUCUUCGAACCCUGUACGUCAUAUUCUGUGGGUUUAUGGCAGCAAUGCUUCCCUUUUUUGGUGACAUCAAUGGUGUGAUAGGUGCUAUUGGCUUUAUCCCUUUAGAUUUUGUCCUCCCUAUGCUUCUUUACAACAUGACCUACAAGCCCAAAACAUCAUCCCUCAUCUAUUGGAUCAAUCUGUUUAUCAUGGUUGUCUUCACCGGUGCCGGAAUCAUGGGCGCUUUCUCUUCUAUUAGGAAGUUGGUUGUUGAUGCCAACAAGUUCAAGCUGUUUAGCACUGAUGUGGUUGAUUAAUCAUAUGUAUAAAGCACUAAACAAAGUCUUAAGCAAAAGCCAAAGUUAAAGCCCUUUCGGGCCGGCUGAAAUGUACAAAUCAAAUGUUUCAUGAGGCGUGGCCUAGGUUGAGAUUGAAAGGAGCAACGUUCCAUGACAGUAAGGCAAUUCUGUCUUUAGAAAAUGAAACCUCUGGCAUCUGAAACUAGCAGAGUUGCAGUUUAAGGAAGAUGUCCUGUGCUGCUAUCUUUAAUCUUCUCAAUUGAUUUGAAAGAUUGGUUUUUAAACAACAAUUAAAAUAAAGAAUGGUAGUCUUUGAUUUUAA